CGAAAUGCUGAGAGUGUGUGAAAGUUAAACAAAACCAAAAAAAAAACAAGUCAGACUUGCGAAAGUGCGUCGGUGGCCGACACGUUGUCGUCAAACUGGUCGGUCCGCUUGGAAGACACCCGACCUGAUGCACGCACGCUGACUGGAUUCCCCACAACUACUCCGAACUAUCCCUCUGGGGCCCAAUCGGGACAUUAUCAUGAUUCUGAUCGUUCGGAUCUCCAGGAUUUCGGCCCCAGCGGCGUCCUCGCUCUCUCUUCUCGGCUUCAGUGCGGACCGGCGGCCGCGAUGAUCCCCGUGGGAGAGUUCCGCAACAUCGGCAUCGAGCAGAACUCCAAGUACCGCGUGCUGAAGCCGUGGUGGGACGUUUUCUCCGAGUACCUGUGCGUGGCCAUGCUCAUGAUCGGCGUCUUCGGGUGCACCUUGCAGCUCACACAAGACAAGAUCGCUUGCCUGCCGAGUCCCUUCACCAGUCCCACGCCAGGCGCCAUCGACUGCAGCCACAUCCGCAGCUACGGCGACAACCAGACGUGGGAGAGCCUCCACCUAAAGCCGAGCGAUCCCGUCAUACGGGAGGUGCUCGGUCGCAAGAAUAACCUGGACAUCCACCAGUACGUCUUCAUCAACCACUACUGCUACGAGCGCUUCGUGCACUGGUACGCUAAGUAUUUCCCGUACCUUGUGGUGAUCCACACCAUGAUUUUCAUGGUAACCAGCAGCUUUUGGUUCAAGUUUCCCGGGACUUCCUCCAAACUUGACCUCUUUGUGACCAUCCUGGGCAAAUGCUUCGACUCCCCCUGGACCACGAGGGCUUUGAGCGAGGUUUCCGAGGAAAGAGGCGAAGAAAAGUUGUUCAGUUUGAGGAGAAACACCGUAUCCAAAGAUCCCGCCGAGGAGGGGACAGUCUUGCUCCAGCGGAGCUUGUCGUCUAAGUCUAAUCCCGAUAAAAAGACUCCAGAGUCUCAGCCGGCUCCGUCUGUGUUGGAUAAAAAGGAAGGUGAGCAAGCUAAGGCCCUGUUUGAGAAGGUGAAAAAGUUCCGGACUCACGUCGAGGAGGCAGACAUCCUGUACAUUACGUAUGUGCUGCAAACGUCCCUCAAGGUCUUUAAGUUCCUUUUAAUCAUCAUCUACACCGCGGCGCUCUGCCCGAACAUUGAGAUCGUGGUGCGCUGUUUGGUCCCCCCUGAGCUGACGGGUUUUGACAUUUAUUGCUGUAAUCACAGCAAAGCCCACCUGUUCUCCAAGCUGGCCUAUUGCUACAUCUGCUUCGUGGCGGUCUACGGGAUCUUAUGCAUCUACACACUCUACUGGCAGUUCCACCGCCCCCUGAGGGUCUACUCCUUUGAGCACGUCAGGCUGGAGACGGGAAUCAACGACAUACCGGACGUGAAGAAUGAUUUUGCCUUCCUGCUCCAUCUGGUGGACCAAUACGACGACCUCUACGCGAAAAGAUUUGCUUUCUUUCUGUCCGAGGUGAGCGAGAGCCGACUCCACCAGCUCAACCUCAACUACGAGUGGACCGCCAAAAAGCUGCGAGCCCGUCUGGUGAAGAAUGCCAGUGACAAACAGGAGCUGCACCUGGUCCUGCUGCCCGGACUUCCUGACACUGUCUACGAGCUGGCUGAGAUAGAGUCGCUGAAACUGGAGCAGGUCAAAAAUGUCACCAUCUCGCCGAGCGUGGCUAAGCUGGAGAAUCUUCAGGAUCUGUCACUGAUUUAUUGCCAGGCCAAGGUUCAGCUGCCAGCCUUGAAGCACCUCAAAGAACAACUGAAAUUCCUGCGCCUGUGCUUUGAAAGUCUAGAUGAGGUUCCCGAAUGGAUGUACCAACUGCAAAGACUAGAGGAACUGCAUCUGAACGGGCCGCUAACCAACGAGAUGGCCCGAAGUGCUACCCUGGACUCCCUCCGAGAGCUCACAGCCUUGAGGGUCCUCACGCUCCGCUCCAGCCUCACAAAGAUCCCGUCCAGCGUCAUUGAUGUGGCGCAGCAACUACAGUGUUUGAGCAUCUUCAACGAAGGCACCAAGAUCCAAGUCUCCAGCAACCUAAAGAAGCUGACAAACCUGGUCUCACUGGAGUUGGUGGGCUGCGAGCUGGAGCGUAUCCCGAGCGCUGUCUUCAGCCUGAGCAACUUGCAGGAGUUGGACCUAAAGGAAAACAAGCUGACCACGGUGGAAGAGAUCCUGAGCCUGCAGCACUGCCAGCGGCUGGUGACGUUGCGCCUGUGGCACAACAAAAUCACCUACAUCCCCGAUCACAUCAGCAAGCUGCACUCUCUGGAGACUCUGGACGUCAGCUGGAAUAAGCUCCGGAAGCUGAGCCCGCGGUUGUUCUACUGCACCAAACUCAGGCACUUGGACGUCUCCCACAACCAGUUGAGCGCCCUCCCGCCCGAGGUGGGCAUCCUGCAGGGUCUCCAGUUCUUCUCGGCCGCCUUCAACUCUUUAGAGACCCUGCCGGACGAGCUGUUCUCCUGUAAAAGACUAAAGACUCUGAUUCUGGGAAACAACUCCUUGUUUUACCUCAGCUCCAGGGUGGCCAACCUGACCCAACUCCUCCGACUGGAGCUCAAAGGAAACCGUCUGGACGCUCUGCCGGUGGAGGUAGCGGACUGUCCCCUGCUGACAACCAGCGGACUCGUGGUCGAGGAAAACCUGCUGGAGUUGCUGCCGUCAAAUGUGCGUACGAAGUUGACGAGCACCUGAGUUGGUCCAUCUGAACUCGCCCAGGGCUGACUCUUCAAGUGACGGCGGUGCCAAGUUUUUAUUUUGAAUUUCAUUUGCGAUGGAUUUACACCGCAGGUACAGGUGAGCAAUUUCAAGGGAACGUAUGACUUCAACUUUUGUUUGAUUUCUAUGUAAAAUGUGACUCCCACCACCCACCCCACCCCCCUCCCUGACAAAAAAACAAAAACAAAAACGUGCACCCGUACACGUUUAAACGGAUUUUGAUUCUUGUACAGUUUUCUUCGCGAUUGCUUUGCGCCUUCUCGUGCAGCAACUAAUCACGUCUUUAACAAUCCGGAGUCUGUUUCUAGGGGGGGGGGGGGGGGGGGGGGGCUAAGAAGCGUUUCCCACAGUGUCACGUUGCCCGCUUUUCAGGUGGCGAACAAGCCGGGGGGGGGGGGGGGUUCGAUUGUGAAGGGAGCUUUUCUUUGCGUGGUAGAAUAGAGCUGCCCCCUGUUCGACCUGAAAACGGCGGAAUUCAAACAUUCAAAACAAGACAAGUGUCAAAGAUGCGAUGAUACAUUCAUUUUUGUAUUUUUGGGAAAAAUAUUUUUUAUUCAUUGUGUUCCUGAGGUUUAUAUUUUCUUUUACCGCCUCUGCUUAUUUACUUAUUGUAAUUGAAAUGUAAAAAGAUAAAAUAAACAGUUUUGUUUUUCAAACACUUUCUUUAAUAUUUAACGACCGCUACUGAUGUGGUCGUGUACCUUCAAACCGGGACUCGAGACUUUCCGCUUGGUUGAGUCCAGGCCGCGGCACGACUCGUGUUGUG